UUCCGCUGCUGUGGCGUGACCAACCAUACGGACUGGUUUGAGGUGUAUAACGCCAGCCGCGUGCCCGACUCCUGCUGUCUGGAGUACAGCGACAACUGUGGCCUCGAGAACCCAGGGACCUGGUGGACCGCGGUAAGAUGCACAGAAUCACACAUACUCUGUCUCUCUGUCUCUCUGUCUCUCUGUCUCUCUGACACACGUAUGCACACGCAUGCACACUAGUUGUUCCCAAAUGUUGUUUUUGGUGCCCAAAUGUAAUUUAUUUGGUCCAAAAGCCUUCCUUGUGACCAACCAGGUAAACAAAGCAUUACAGUAUACUGUUCAUAAAUCUCAGACAAUCCACCCACAGUCCACUGAGUGUUUGCUAAAACCCAACCCACGCUUUGGGAAACACUGCUCUGCUGAAGAUAAUUACCUGUUCUCAUAUGCCUUAUACCCCAGGUAUUGAAAUAUAAGGGGUAUUUAACCCUAAGGUCAGAAAUCGGUCUUCUCAUGGAAACGUCUGUAGUGUUAGACGUUUUUGUGAGAAGACUGAUUUUCGGGAUGCCUCCUGGUCUGACAAAAUGGGCGUAUGCGGUGGAUUGAGAUGCAGCCCAUACAAAAAACCCAGAUAUCUCUAGUUUAGACAGAUUUUGAUGUUGAUUUUUUAGUUAUGUUAAUCGUCUCUAUGGGGUUUUUAAAUCUGGGCCUUGAGGUCUGCAGCAGCCCUGCUGAUUUUCUUUAUUUUGCCCCUGGUAGUUAAUUAAUAUAUAAUUAUAUUAUUACUUGAUUAAUACCCGUGUUUGGCGAGAUAAUCCACUCAACUGGUGUCCCAGGUCUAAAUCCCUGAUUAUAGGGGAAGACUGAAAACCAGCAGUGCUAAAGACUGAGGCAUAAAUUAUUUCUGCCAUAUACCAUGCCAGGCUCAUGCACUCUGUGCCAGUCCCAUCGCUGUCUACCAUUGUCUAUGCCACUUUUUUUUAUUAAAACAAAACCCCUUCAGUCUUUGAGAUAAUAAAAUUUCACAAUUUUUCGGAAAGACGUGUAUUGUUAGUGGUCAUCAUCCUUUUUAUUGACCGUGUUACCUAAUGUUUUUGAAUGUUAAAAGGGAAGUUUAGAAACUUUUGGUUGAAGUCGCCCAAAUGAUAUCCUUUUUUGUUUUCAAUGAAAAAAUUAAUCCCGCUCGCUUGUUUAAAUGUUGUCCCGGCACAGAGCAAUGGUACCAUCUGCAAGUUAUACUCCCAUCCUUCCGUCCAUAGUGUAAUAGGGAUGGUAGCUAUCCCGGAACAUUUGGGCAAAAGGCAAGGGGGGAAAAAGUUUAAAGGGAUCCCUUAGAACAUGACAAGGAGAUGAUUUGCAGAGUAAAAGGCAUGUAUGGGAGGAUGUGUCACUUUGUGUUGGGUGGUGUAGAAAAGGGCCUGUGGGCCCCAUACUCUUGUAAGUCUACCAAGACUAGCACCAGAUGGACUGAAUGAGGAAACACAUAAAACAUGUUCGUUUUGUUUUCUCUAAUCUUAAAAAUAAAAUAACUUUUUCUAUGGCUGUUCUAUCGACUGAAAUUAAAUGGAAUUGACCCCAACCCUGCUGUAGGCUACACUUAGGCACCUCAUGCUAUAAAUGUGGGUUAAUGUGAUGUUUUUUGUAUAAUGUGCUGUAACAUUUUUGUUUACAUUUCUGUGUGUCUCCACAGCCAUGCUACGAGCGGGUGAAGGAUUGGCUACAAGAGAAUCUGGUGGCCCUGUGGCUAUUUGCUUUGUGUACGGCACUCACACAG